UAUGCAGCUGGUUGAACUUUGGCGCUUGAAUGUUUUUCACAUUUCAUACAGAUUCUUUCUACGCGUGGAAAUUAACUGGAAAGAUAAAUAAUUUGUGAUUUUUACAUGCAUAAGACUGUUACAUUAUGUCUAAACAAGAUGCCGGAGAAAAUCGCUAUGCAUCAGAUCCAACGGUUUCCACGGUGCCGAACGACGGCAGACCGAAGGCGAAGACAGACCCAGCAAAGGGCUCACAGGAAACCACACCUCUUGCGAAGCUGGUACGUGAGGAAAAGCUCCCGCAAUGCAUUCGUAUUACCAAAAACUUUCUUGUUUUAGGGAGCCAUAUCCGGUUUAAGAAAGGGGAUGUUUUGAUGCUUCACUUUGUGUAUACAAAACAGGUGAUACACGCAACGGAUUCCAAGAAAGGAAAAGUUCUGCGACUGCCUUUACACAACAAGCAGGAAUUCGAAAUACUACCUUUGGAUCCUUUAUUGGACGACAAGGUAUAUGAUGGUACAGCAGCCCUCAUUAACGCCAAACCCUUGCCCGACAGAGUGCGUGUUGUCGACGCUCAUUGUUCAACACACCUGGAAGAACAGCAGUGCAGUGAUGACGUCGUCCAGAUCGAAAAAAUCGAAGUCGACAAAAGAUUUGGCAAGGUUCUUGUUGGAAAGCUGUUGGACCCGGUAUCAGAGCAUGUCAUCGGUCCCUGUCGAUUUUCACAAGAAAUGACAUUUUCGUCAUAUACUACUAUGGUCGAAUCAGAAUUUCAACGGCUAACACAACUGAAAACUCGCAGGUUUCCUCUGCGUGUCCGGAUUCCAGACACGAGUCUUGGACAGAGAAACAGGAAGGUCGAACAAGUCCUGCGACUUCUCGAUUCCUCCGACGAGGAAUGUGUCCUAGCAACAAGGAGCGGGGACAGCCUUAUCUACUGCUUACCCCUGUCCGCACCCUUCUCCCUAGAGAGAGCACCUUUGCCCGUCGAAGAGCAGAUACCAGCUUUCGUAUCGCCUCUAUACGCCAACAUUAACAGGACAUGGAAUGUAGUCGACCCACUCCAAGCAGGGAUGUCUUAUCUUCUGGAAGAAAUACCCCAACCUAUAGAAGAAGUGCUGGAACACUGGCUUGCAAGUUGGGAAGGGAAACACAGGAUUAAAUUUUUAGAUCGAAAAAAGGAUAAAGAGAUCAAGCGACUGGAGUCGGCAGUUGAGUCCUACAAACGACAAGUGUGCCAAAAGGGCUCAAUGGAAACUCCUCCAUCUCGACCGCCUCGACCAGCUCGACGAAGUAGCGAGACAUUGACACCAAGUAUUCCAGACAGGCCGCCAAAGUCAAUCGACGUCCGGAAACGACUGUCCGAGCCGACAUUUGAUCAGCAAACUAACCAAUAUGCUGAUGACAACGGCAAUAGUUCUAGUGACGAGAUAUACAGCGAAGUCAUCUCAGAGGACAAAGCUUUAAACAGCUGGACGGAUGAAAAGAAAACUAAGUAUGGCGAGCUCUUAAAAAAAUACAAUGACAUCAAAGAGGAAAACCUAAAAUUGAAAAAUGAGAAGAAAAGACUGCAUGAAAGAGUCCAGUGCCUCGAAGAAAUUGUUGACGAAGGCGAAGAAUAUUCCAUGAUCGUCAAUCGGUCGGAAAUCCCAGCAAAACCCGAUAGUUACGCCAAAAUUAAGGCAACAAAACAAGUUCAGACCGAACUCGAAGUGUCCAACCAAGAGAAGGAGGUAGUCCCUGUCCCUCACGCUAAAUCCAACUCCUCUCCACAGCCUGUUAAAGAAAAGAAGCCCCCUGUGCCAAUUCGUACAGAUUCGCGUAAUUACAUCCAAUCAGCCAACCUUCCUGUGCCUUCGCCCAGAGUUUCACUGGACGACGCGGGCAAACCUGCUCGUGUCGACAGCGGCAUCAUCAUGUCCGAUUCUCAAGGUAGCGAAGAUGAGAAGGCCGCACCAAAAACAACAACAACCCCGAAACCGCCAGCUCGUGUGUCGAAAUUACCAUCGCAACCGCCGUCGGACCCCAUCUCUCCAACACUAGCUGCCAAACCAAACCUAGAUGUGGGCCAUUUACCGCCGAUGGGGUUGCCUUUCGCUGUCCACAGUGGUCUCACGAAAGAAGAAGUAGUGUCCUUCUUGGAAGCGCGUAAACUUGGAAAGUAUUCCGAAUCCUUCCUUCAAAAUGACAUCGAUGGAGAGCUUCUUAUGGCAUUAGAUGAAGAGAUAAUGAUCGAUGAGUUAGGUCUGACGAAACUCGAUGCUCGCAAACUCAGCCUCGUGUUGAAGAAGCAUAAGGGUUCUGAUUCAGUUUUCUUAGAAAGUUAAACCUGCAAUGAAAUAUA